AUGGAAGAAGUUAUUUUCAACAAUCUCAAAAAUUAAAUUAACGAUAAAGCUUUAUAAAUUAUUAAAGAAAAAAUAGAUAAAAAGUCAUAUAAUUCUAAUGAUGCUCAAAGGUGGACUAACUAAUUAUGCGAUGAUGUUUUAAAAUUUCUCACUACUUUAAAUAAAAACUUUAAAUUUAUUGUAAACUGCAUGAUCAUGCAAAAAAGUGAUGCAGGUUUACAUAUUUCUGGUUCUUGCUAUUGGGAUAAUGAAAUAGAUGGCAGUUUGGUAGUAAAAUAUGAAACUAACUCAAUAGUUUGUAUCAUGAAUAUAUUUGGGUGUGCUUUGUGA